AUGCUCCUGCCAUGGACCCUGCUCCUCGCCUUCUUUUCCCAACAGAAUCCAUCUUUUGUCUUUGCUGCGACGCCUGCGAAACGCUUCUAUGACACACACAAGUAUUAUGUUAUUGAGCAUAACCCACGAGCUCCUUCAGGUGCACCGCUGGACGUUGUUGCGCGCUCAUUGGGUGUGGAGGUUGUGGAACGGGCGGGGGAACUGGAGGAUCACUGGCUUGUCCGAGCACCGAAAUCUCGAAGAGAGCUUGUUUCCCGAGCAGAAGUUACCGACCACGUACUCGGCGCAUUCGAGAUCCUGAAGGCUCGGUCGACUUCACCUCUCUCAGCCCGCUCAGACGAAGAGGCCCACCACGCACGGAGUAUCGUUGCUUCUGUGAAGUUCCUUGCUAGACAAGAGCUUCGUAGACGUGUGAAGCGGGCACCACCACCAAUACGUCCGCCAGAUAACACGUCAGCGAGUUCCAAGGCCGUCGCCGAACGGUAUUCUAUCAAGGAUCCGCUAUUCACUGCCCAGUGGCAUCUAGUCAACGAUGAAUACCCCGUUCACAUGAUGAAUGUUACAGGCGCUUGGGAUAUGGGUUACACGGGUAAAGGCGUCAUCUCCGCCUUGGUGGACGAUGGGCUGGACUACCGCAAUAAGGAUCUAACAGAUAACUUCGAUGCUGCUGGCUCUUACGACUUCAAUGACCACACUGACCUUCCCACACCGAAAAUGUUCGAUGACCACCACGGCACACGUUGCGCUGGCCAAAUUGCUGCCAUAAAGAACGAUGUCUGUGGUAUCGGUAUAGCAUACGAGUCGAAGGUCGCCGGCCUCCGAAUCCUCUCUGGACCUAUUUCCGACGUAGACGAGGCUGCCGCCCUCAACUAUGGCUUUCAGAACACAUCAAUAUACAGUUGCAGUUGGGGGCCGCCUGACAAUGGGCGAUCCAUGGAAGGUCCGGGCUAUCUAAUUCAGAAAGCUGUUGUUAACGGAAUCAACAACGGUCGUGGUGGCAAAGGAUCUAUCUUCGUCUUUGCGAGCGGCAAUGGCGCGGCCCACGGCGAUCAAUGUAAUUUUGAUGGGUAUACUAACAGCAUCUAUUCCGUCACCGUUUCUGCUGUCGACUACAAGGGCCUACAUCCGUACUAUUCGGAACCUUGUGCCGCCAAUAUGAUCGUGGCGUAUAGCUCGGGAAGCGGGAAACACAUUGUGACCACCGAUAUGGGCGAGAACAACGCGUGUGCGACCAGCCAUGGUGGCACAUCGGCUGCUGCACCUAACGCGGUUGGCGUCUUCGCCCUGGCGCUUGAAGCUCGUCCUGACCUUACGUGGCGAGAUAUCCAAUACCUUUGCGUUGAAACCGCUGGCAUCAUCAACCCCGAGGAUCCGGACUGGGAACCCACCCACAGCGGUCAACUGUAUAGCUAUAAAUAUGGAUACGGUGUACUCGAUGCAUACCGUUACAUCACCGCGGCGAAGGAUUGGCAGCUAGUCAAACCUCAAGUGUGGUUCGCGCCCGAUGCUGUUCAGAUCAACGAUGGGAAGAUGACCAAGGACGAGAAAUUCUCUGGUGGAGAGCCUAUUGGUCCGAGUGGAGUCAAGAGCUCAAUCAAGGUUACCAGAGAUCAGUUGGAUAGCCAUAACUUCGACAAACUCGAGCACAUCAAUGUGAAGGUCUGGAUCUCGCACUCGAAGCGAGGUGAUGUCGAGGUGGAAGUCAUCAGCCCGAAGGGUAUCAAGAGUGUUCUGGCCGGCGCGCGUUACGGAGACAUGGCGGACACUGGCUUCCCUGGAUGGACUUUCAUGUCCAUCAAGCACUGGGGUGAGGAUCCUGUCGGCGAUUGGACUAUCAAAGUUUCAGACCAGAAGACACCCAAGGAGAAUGGUACAUUCCAUGGGUGGAGCAUGAUGUUCUGGGGAUCAGCUAUCGAUCCUGACAAGACUUCGAAGUUCGAGAUUCAGCCAGAUGACAAUCUUCUUCCCCCAUCUCUUGACCUUAAUGCGCCAACAGUCACCGUGCAUCCUACGUCAACCAAGACCCACACGAAGCCUACCGCUCAUCUGCCGCCUGAUCACGGCGAUGCCGAAGGCGAGAACAGCCGUCCUGCGUUCCCUGGUCAAGCGGAUGCUGCGAACCCCUCCGAAACGGCCAAGCCCACAAGCACACCAACCCCAGAUGAGGGGUGGUUCUCGGAUAUGUCGAACCUUGUUUCGAGCCAGAAAUGGCUGUUUGGUGCCGUUGGUGCCGUGGCGGUCUUUGGUAUCGCUACCCUCAUCUUCUUCUGGCGACGUAGAGUUGCACAGAGGAAACUCGCUACGUACACUUCCCUCCCCGGCGGUGAUAACGUGGCGAUGAGCUCGUUGAGAGACGGUGCCACGGGUGCGCCUCGUACAAGAGAGCUUUAUGACGCAUUCGGAGAGGUGUCAGAUGAUGAAGAAGCUGAUGAACAUACGCAAUUGCGUGGGCCUGGCCGCUCAACUGGCGGUAUUGGCUUCCACUCAGGAUUCUUGGAUGACGACGAUCCAUCGACUGCAGGGCCAACACCAAAAUACAGAGACGAGCCUGAUAGUGGACGGACACCUAGAGAACCAGAACGCCAGCCCACCGAAAAUGUGCCGUCAAGCCCGAGUGGUAGCGGGGACGGAAGUUGGGAACAUGCAUCACAAACACGAUAA